AUGUUUUCAAAACCUAAAAGGAAAUUUAGGUUUCUAUCUCCUAUUUUAGAGCUAUCUUUUUAUAUCGUCUUGUUCCUUCACCCAGCUUGGCUAUGGAUUCCCGGUAUGGUAUCACAACCCUGCGAAUUGCUUACUCUCGAGCCUACAAGGGUCGUUGAAACCCUCAAGAAUCUCACCACAAGGUUUCGUGACUACAGAGUGGUUGAGGUCGUGAACUUGUUAUCCACUGCCAAUGAUGGAACCAUGAUGCAUUUAUAUACGCAGUUGUUGAACUUGUUAGAUGUGAUCAUUGACUAUGCAGAAAGCAAGCAAGUUCCUGCUCCUGAAGAAUUACAUGUUCAAAUAUCCACUACAGAGAAAAGGGAGAGACUAUUUUUGUCUGGAUAA